AUGAGUGUUCUCCCUGGCAUUGCCCUUCCCCUUGUCUCCCUUCUCCAUGUCUCCAGGCAAUUCCCAGGAUGUGGGAACAUUGUGACCUUCUCCCAGUUCCUCUUCAUCGCCGUGGAAGGCUUCAUCUUCGAAGCCAACUUUGGGAGGAAGAAACCAGCCAUACCACUGAGGUACUAUUUCAUCAUGGUGGCCAUGUUCUUCACUGUCAGUGUGGUGAAUAACUAUGCCCUGAACUUAAAUAUUGCCAUGCCACUGCACAUGAUCUUCAGAUCAGGCUCUCUCAUAGCGAGCAUGGCUCUUGGUAUCAUCAUUCUGAAGAAAAGAUACAGCAUUUUUAAGUACACCUCCAUAGCCCUGGUGUCCUUGGGGAUCUUCACCUGCACCUUCAUGUCUGCAAAGCAAGUGGCAUCUGACUCCAGCUUGAAGGAAGAGGAUGGACUCCAGAUUUUCUUCUGGUGGCUUCUAGGUAUUGCUGCCCUCACCUUCGCCCUCCUCAUGUCUGCCAGGAUGGGGAUUUUCCAGGAGACACUGUACAAGCAGUUUGGGAAGCACUCCAAAGAGGCCCUUUUUUACAACCACGCGUUACCCCUCCCUGGCUUUCUCCUCCUUGCCCCAAACAUCUACCACCAUGCACUCCUCUUCAGCCAGUCUGAGCCCUUCCAGGUCCCAGUGAUUGGGCUGACCCUGCCAAUCAUGUGGUUCUACCUCCUCAUGAAUGUCAUCACCCAGUAUCCUUUCAAACACAGCUUCAGACCUGCCAUGGGGGUGGCAGGAAG